GAUCGCAGAGGCCGGCAAAGUGUCGAACUGAAGAAGAUCCAGGCACACGAAGAGGAAGUACUUUUUAAAAUGGACAUAUAGCAGUAAACCAAGCUUCAACUUGCUGCAGCUCAACGAGCGGACACGCCUACCAUGCCCGCCCAACCCCCUGUCAGGGAAUUGGAGGAAGAGAUGGAGGCAAAAGGAGAGUCGCAGCUCCCUGAGGCCAAUGGAGAGGUAGAGGAACCCAAGGAGAAUGAAAGAACAGGGGGUAGGGGAGGAGAGGAAACUAUGGAGGAAAGUAUGGAGGAGAGGGAGAGUGACUUGGAAGAGAGUGAAGAAGAAGAAGAGGAGGAGGAAGAAGAGGAAAGUUCAGAGAUGGAUGAUGAAGACUGUGAAAGGAGAAGAGGGGAAUGUCUAGAUGAGAUGAUGGAUCUGGAAAAACAAUUUCAGGAACUAAAAGAGAAGUUGUUUCGGGAGCGGCUGAACCAGGUAAAAGUGAAGCUGGAUGAAGUGCUGACAGGAAAUGCUGGAGAAUACAGAGAACCACUCGCUGCGCUACAAAAUAACAUGCAGAUACGAACACAAGUGGCUGGAGUCUACAGAGAGCUGUGUCUGCAGGUGAUCAAACACAAGCAUGAAUGUGAAAUACAAGGAGCAAGGCAGCAUUUGGAGAGUGAGCGGACGUUGCUGUUUGAUGCCAUGAAGACAGAGCUUCUGGAAAAGAUAAGGAGGCUGGAGGAGGACAGACAAAACAUAGACCUCACCUCAGAGUGGAGUGAUGAGAUAAGAGGCAAGAAAUGGAAAAAAAAGAACCUGCUGGGUCGCUCAGACAGAAAGAAGAAAGUAGCGCUUGUUUCAGGGCCUUUCAUCGUCUACAUGUUAAGAGACAUCGACAUCCUUGAAGACUGGACUGCCAUCAAGAAGGCAAAAGCAGCACUGACUCCACUAAAGAAGAAAGUGGAAAAGCGGUGAUGAUGGGAGGAUCUGGGUAGCAGAUACUUUAGACACUCACAUUUCCAGCUAUUUCCACUGACACUUCAGGUUUUAUCUCUCUGACUGAAACACAGCAGAACAGACUGAGAUGUUUUGGUUUUCCUGUUUUGUAUUUUCUUUGUGCCGGCUUCCCCACUGCUUCCGUGUUAUCUAUUGCUAUUUAAAAUGCAUUCUUAAUAAUAUGAAAACCAUGUAUUUAUAGAGUGAUUUUUUUAAUGCUGAUUAAAAUUUUAAUCUUUUGUGACAUAAA